UCUUCCCUUUCCCUCGAAGAAGGCCCGGGCCAUUCGAGCCCAUCUGGAAGACAUGGACAAGGAGGCUCUCGGGACUCAAGGACGGGACCACAACUGCCAUCUACCGCACUCGGAUUGUGGUCACGAACGGGCUCUGGAAGAAGCUGAAGGAGCUGAUGAUGGAAUUCCAGGGGCUGAGGCAAAGGAUGAUGACAGAGUACAAGGAGACUGUUGAAAGAAGGUACUUCACGGUGACCGGUGAGUACCCGGACGAAGAAGUGAUCGAGAAGAUCAUUUCGAAUGGCGAGGAAGAGGAGUUCUUGGGGAAGGCGAUUGGGGAGCAUGGGAUGGGAAAAGUGAUGGAAACCGUGGUUGAGAUUCAGGACAGGCACGAUGCGGCGAAAGAGAUCGAGAAGAGCUUGCUUGAGUUGCAUCAGGUGGAACCCUCCGACAAACCCUUCGGAGAAACGCGUCGGAACCCUCCGCCACACCUUCAAGGAUCUCCGGUGCCGAUCGCUGCUGCCACUCCGUCAACCCAGGGCGUCGCAAGCAUCUGCUCCCCCUUCACAGAGGUGCCGUCCUUGGCGCCGAUACUUGUUGUCAGAUCUGCCGCUGCUUCGUCCUAGAUCGGAUGUGUUCCCCGCCCGGACGACCACCGGCAUCCAAAGGUUGCGUUCCGGCAUACAUGUAAGCUGGUCCCUGAAUCAGGAAAUCUGAUUGUAGAAUUGAAAUUCGGGUUGCUUGUGUGUUCAAAUCGAUUGAACUUGUUCAUGGAAGAAGAUAUCUCUGAUGCGGAUGCGGUUUUGUUCAAAUCUGGUUUGAAGUUUGGCAUGAAUUUUGUUGUUGUUUUUGAAAUUGUGACACCGCAUAUUUGUAACUAUAACUUGACAAUGAGGAUUGCUGAAUUGUUGUUUGAACUGCCAUUCUGUUGAUUUUGGUUGUUGCUGCUGUGGUUGGACUAGGAAACAGAAAUCUGAUUUUUCUUCUGCGUCUUCUUCAUCUUCUUCUGUGUGAACUGAAAUUUCUAUUUGUAUUGCAUAAUCUGAGUUUGUUGUGAGGUUUUUUGCUUGUAGAUUUUCUGCUUGGAUGAGGGAGAGAAGAAAGGGAAGAGAAAGGAGUGGG